ACCAAACGUUGGGAUUUAGGAGCGAGUCCCUAUUGUUCAAAUCCCUCCCCCUUCUUGGGAAGUGGGAGGACCCGAAAAGGCGUUGCAAAAGAGAGAAUUGUUUGCAAGCUCAGUCAUCCAAAAACGGCCUUUCAAUGUGAGAACUUGGGGAGCCGAAGAAAAUGUCGGUGGCAUCGCAGUAAAUUACCAAAGCAGUAGCUUUAGAGGGAAAAGAAAAAGUGAAAAGUGUUUUUUCCCUGAAAAUUUACUGAAGUAAAAAGCGGAGAAGGAGAUCAAGUGGUGUCGUGAGGAGUGAAUUCCAAAUAAAGCACGUUUUGGGGGUAGUGUAUGGAAGAUGUCUGGAACAGACUGGACUCCGUGGAUGAAAAAGCGACGGGCGCGAGUGCUGUGUGCUCUGGGUGCUGUGCUACUGUGCUGCCUACAGGGCGGCGCCACUGUCACUGAUGAAGUGGCAGUGUUCACAGAGGAGCCUCUGUCGGUGGUGCAGAAGUUAGGUGGUAGCGUGACCCUGAGGUGCAGCGCCCGACCCCCCUCGGCCAACAUCAGCUGGCGGCUGAACGGGCGUGAGCUGGUUGCCGGGGCUGGUGGGGACCUGGGGGUGGUACUGGAGCCUGGCACGCUGCUCAUCCCAGCCCUCACCAACCUCACCCUGGGCAGGUACCAGUGUGUGGCCAGCACCAAUGCAGGGGGACUGGCCAGUGUGCCGGCCAACGUCACCGCUGCCAAGCUGCGAGACUUUGAGCAAGACAACCAGCAGGACAUUGAGGUGGAUGAGGGGAACACGGCUGUGAUCCAGUGUCACCUCCCUGAGAGCCAGCCCAAGGCACAGGUUCGCUACAGUGUCAAACAGGAGUGGCUCGAGACCUCCAAAGGGAACUACCUGAUCAUGCCAUCAGGGAACCUGCAGAUAGCCAACGCCACUCUGGACGACGAGGGGCCCUACAAGUGUGCUGCUUACAACCCUGUCACACAGGAGGUCAAGACCUCCACCUCGACUGACCGCCUGCGCAUACGCCGUUCGACGUCGGAGGCGGCCCGUAUCAUCUACCCCCCAGUGUCUCGCACCAUCAUGGUUACUAAGGGACAGCGUCUGGUCCUGGAGUGUGUGGCCAGCGGCAUCCCGACCCCGCAGGUUACAUGGGCCAAGGACGGUCAGGACCUGCGUUUCCAUAACAACACGCGCUUCCUGCUCAGCAACCUGCUGAUCGACGCGGCGGGCGAGGGCGACUCAGGGACGUACAAGUGUCACGCUGACAACGGCAUCGGAUCAGAGAGCGCCGCUACUGUGCUCUACGACGUGCAGGUGUUCGAGCCUCCCCAGGUAACCAUAGAGCUCCAGCAGCAGGAGGUGUCGUGGGGGGAGAGUGUGCGCUUCAGCUGCCUGGCCAGGGGUAAACCCACCCCCUCUGUGGUGUGGCUCCACAACGCCCGCCCCCUGGCCUCGUCACCACGCCACCGCCUGUCUGCCCGCGUGCUGCGUGUCAUCAACGUGGGCCCGCAGGACAACGGCUUGUACCAGUGCAUGGCUGAGAACGGUGUGGGCAGCUCGCAGGCUGCCGCCAGGCUGGUCACCCUACCAACCGGUGUUCCGUCUCGGUCAGGGAAGCUGCCCUCCAUCCUGCGUCCACUGAGCCCAGACAAGGUGCUGCGGGAGCAGGUCCCAGUGAAGCACGGGGCCACGGGUAGCGUGCUGACCCUGGACUGCUCUGAGCUGACUGGGCAGAUCUCUGUGGCAGAGGCCCCUGUCAUCCUCAGCCAGCCCAGGACCGUCAAGGCUGACUUCUAUGAUCUGACCUGGAAACCUCGCCACGAUGGAGGCUCUCCUGUGAUGGAGUACAUCGUCAAGUACAGAAAGAUAGAGGACCCUCCAGGUGAGUGGACCAGCAGCAGUAUCUCUGGGUUUCUCCACAAGCUGACCCUGGCCAAGCUGCAGCCAGCCAGUCUGUACGAGGUAGAGAUGUCUGCUAAGAACUGUGCUGGCCUGGGACAACCCGCCAUGAUGACCUUCAGGACAGGCAAAGGUCGUAGGGGUCCAGGAGGUCAGAACGAGCUCCCUAAAACUCCUCCAGUACCAUCACCUCGCCUCUCUCCUCCUGAGGCCCCUGAUAAGCCCACCAUCUCCAUGGCGACUGAGACAUCUGCAUACGUGACAUGGAUCCCCCGCGGUAACCGUGGUUUCCCCAUCCAGUCUUUCAGAGUGGAGUUUAAGAAGCUGAAGGGGAAGGGAGGUGGGGAGUGGGAGGAGGCCGUCACUAACAUCCCCCCCCAGCGACUGUCUGUGGAGAUCACUGGCCUGGAGAAAGGCAUGUCCUAUAAGUUCCGUGUGUUGGCGGUAAAUGUGAUUGGCGCCAGCCCCCCCAGUGCCCCCUCUAAGGCCUACACGGUGGUGGGGGGUGGCAGGCCCAACGAACGCCCUGUAGACGGACCCUACAUCACUUAUAAUGAAGCUAUCAACGAGACCACCAUCAUCCUGAAAUGGACGUACACUGCCGUCAACAACACCCCUGUCUAUGGUUUCUACAUCUUCUACCGGCCGACAGACAGUGACAACGACAGUGACUAUAAGAAGGACGUGGUGGAGGGUGACCGUUACUGGCACUCCAUCACUGACCUGCAGCCUGAGACGGCCUACGACAUCAAGAUGCAGAGCUUCAACGAGGGGGGAGAGAGCGAGUUUGGCAACGUGGUUAUCUUAGAAACUAAAGCUCGACUGAACCAGCGGCCCUCUCCAUCGGAGGCGUCAUCUCAGAGACCAGAGCACCCCGGGGGGCCUGUGCCCCGCCCCAGCGACCUCCCCUACCUCAUAGUGGGUGUGGUCCUGGGGGCCCUCGUCUUCAUCAUUGUAGCCUUCAUCCCCUUCUGCCUGUGGAGAGCCUGGGCCAAACAGAAGCAAACAUCAGACCUGUGUUUCCCAGCCGUGGCACACCCUGUCUCCUCAUGCCAGUAUACCAUGGUGCCUCUGCAGGGCCUGGCUCUGGUUGGCCACUGCCCGCUGGACCCCCAUUUGCCCACACCACAUGCCAUCUACCCCCCUAACAGAGAGUGCACACCCAAUGGGAAACACCAUUACCCCACACACCAUCUGCCAGGACUACGCCAGGAGGAUGUGGAGUAUGAUAUGGAGUGUGACACGCUGCUAGCACAGACCAUGUCAAAUGGACACGCCCCAGGCUACCACUACUCUAACAGUGAGCCUGGAGACGGUGAGGACUGCUGUCUGCCCGAUGACUCCACCCUCCAGCUCCUCAACACCUCUGAACAGCCAAUCAGCACUCAGAACCUGACGGGCAAUGCCCAUUUUCACAAUGGGGACAUCAAUCUAGACCUUCUACCCUGCUCUCCCUCUCCUCUGCGAUCACUGGAGGAGAACUCCACGGCGACAACAUCAACAGCUACAACGCCAGAAUCCCAAGAUGCACUUCCACUCCAGAGUGAAACAGGGACGUCAGACUCAACAGAUGCUUGAAAAACACUCAGAAAAACAGAAAACAAAAGUCUAUUUUUGUAUCACAGAUAUUUAUAUAUUUAUGCUUUUGUACAUAAACAUUGUUUUGUUAUGCUGUAUAUAAGGAUAUGUUCAUAUUGAAAAAUACAUGUAUCUGUAUGUCAGUUUCUGUGAUGUUGUAAUCCUGCUAUGUGAUUGUAUAUUCAUGUCUGCACACCUUGAGGAAAGGAGGGGGAUUCCAAUCCUGGUGCUGAUUUAAGUCAGUCAGCGCAUUCUGUUGAAGGUUUCAUCUGACUGGCAUACCACUGUUUCUCUGACUAGGCACCAGCAGCACAUCUACCAGUCUGCUUUAAGUCAUUCCCUGUAGAACUCCUAUGUUCCCCUUAUUUCCAACUUAGACAUCUGGUUAUUAUACGAUCCUGAUAGUCGCAUGUCAGAAAAAAAGACAAAUGGACAGGGUUGUGCUGCUCAGUAGAGGAACAGAGAGCAAGCUUUUUGAGGGAGCACUACCUCUAUGUUCAAUGAAAAUGCAUUGUGUUGUAUAUACUCCCUCUUCUGUUCAGUGUUGUCAUAAUGGUACAAGUGUCCGCCGUUUCAUAAAGAAAUAAGAAUUUUUCAUCAAAAGUAUUAAAUGUAUGCAACUUAAAAUCAUUCUGCCUUCAGUAGUUUAGAGUACAAAGAGAUAUAUUGUAUAGUUAUUUAUUUUUAGGAGGGGAAAGAUUCUGGAAGUUUUGUUACCUAGUCACACCCAAGCAGAUUUACAUUUUAGACUGAAAUGAGUGUUUCUGCUGGUCACUACUCCAAAUGACUGUGCCUUGUGAGGGGAUCUUUGACGGCUGCGUCAAUAUUAUCCUUCCCCAACACAUGGGUGCAUCAGUAUUAGCCUUCCCUGUGAGGCAUCAGAGAUCAAAAUGAAGGAGUUCCUGAAUCUGUAAUCCAUCUUUGUGUGUAGCUGUUGGCAUGGUUACACAGGCUGGAGCACUAUUGCAUGUAAAUAAAGCUUAUAAUGAAAUCA